AGAGGCCACAGUCACCUCAAUGCUUACUGUGGACCAAGCAAUCUUGAAUGAAUAGUUAAAGCAACUUCCAGCUUUCUUAGACAAAAGGGAGACAAGCUUCCAAGCCUGAACUGUAUUCUGUAUGAAAUCCUUUGCACUGAUUUAAGAGUUGUAAGAUGCAGGAGAGAAGCUGUGAGCAAGAUGCACCCUUGUCUUUAAUAAUGAAGGAUGCUUAUUCUGCAGAGGAAAGCAAUCAUGCAAACAACCAUGAAAACAUAUAUGAGGAUUCCUCUUCUUUUGACCUCUUUUAUGAUUCCCUCUCAGAUAUACAGGGUGGUGAAAUUCCACAUGAGUUGUCUGCUUUUCUCAAUGAAGAGGAGAUAAGCAAAAGCCUUGAACUCGCCCAGGAAUCUAUUAUGAAUUCUGUAGAGGAUGGGAAGGCAAAGCAGGAGUUCACACAUUACUUCAACACCUCUUCUCCAUAUUCACCAGAGGAGACCAAAGUGUGUGAUCCAGAUGCUUCCAAGAGGACUCAGGUGACAAGCCCAAAUUCUCUAUUGAUUGCAUCUCAAACUUUUUCAGAGCAGAAAAAGAAAAAUGUGCAUUCUCAAGAAGCAAACAGUAUUUUCAGUGUUACUGGGAAAAAAUCUAGCAUAUCACCCCUGCUACCUGCAAGGCCAAGCUUUAUUCGGAGUCUCAAACAUGCUGAAAAAUGUGGUCCAAGUGUGCAAAAGAUGAGCCCUAAGUUCAAAUCAUCUUCCAAUAGUGAAGCUUCUUCCAAGAACAAGCUGUGUGAUAAAGCUGCCACUUUGAUAGAAGAACUUUCUUCCAUAUUUAGAGAAGCGGCCAAGACAAGGGUUAGGAGUCCAGAUGGAAACUCUUCUUCUCCAGAUAGUGGAUACCUGUCCCCUAAAAACAAACAAUCCGUCAUGUCAAAUUCCUUAACGAACUCAAUCCCAGACAAAACAUGUCAAGAGGGUAUUGCUGAUAAUGAGUUACCUGAAGUUACUCACAAUGGAGAAUCUGUGUUCCUCAGAAAGGACAGCUCUCAGGCCAAUGAAAAUGACUCCCUGAAUCAGCUCGCAACGGAAAGUCACAAUCAACUGUCAGCCCCACAAUUUACCCUGAAACUCAGGAGUCUGGAAGUUGCUGAAGGAAGCAAGGUGCUGCUAGAAUGUAGAGUUACUGGAAACCCAACACCUCAUGUCAGGUGGUUUUGUGAAGGCAAAGAGCUAAAAAAUUCUCCUGAUAUUCAGAUCUGUUGUGAAAACGAAGGACUCCAUAGACUAAUUAUACCAGAAGCCUUUGAGGACGAUACAGGGCGCUAUUGUUGCCUUGCCUCAAACUCAGUUGGAUCUGACUCUACAUCUGCAGAAGUAUUUGUUGAAGGUGCCAGUUCCUCUGAUUCUGAUAGUGAAAUUUUCAAAUCAAACUCUGGAGCCAUGCCACAGGCCCAGAAGAAAAGUACUUCUGUUUCUUUAACAAUAGGAUCUUCCGCUCCAAAGGCUGGGAUCACUACAGCAGUAAUCCAACCUAUCUCGGUGCCUAAUCAGCAAGUCCAAAGUCCUACUUCAUACCUCUACAGAUCAGAUGGAUCUAAACCCAGUCAUGCUGUGCCUGUUUUUACGAAGGAAUUACAAAAUGUGACAGCAACUGAAGGACAAGUAGUUGUGUUUGAGUGCAGAGUGAGGGGACCACCUCCCUUGCAAGUCAGUUGGUUUCGACAAGGUACUGAAAUCCAGGAUUCCCCAGACUUCAGAGUUCUUCAAAAAAAGCCUCGAUCCGCAGCUGAACUUGAAGAGAUAUGUACUCUGGUAAUUGCAGAGACUUUUCCUGAAGAUGCAGGAACCUUCACAUGUACAGCAAGAAAUGAUUAUGGAUCAGUGACGAGCAGUGCAAAACUGACUGUGCUAUCAGCUGGUUCUGAAAGCUCUAUGCAUGACUUGUCAGUGAGGGAACAGAACAAUGAUGACUUCCACCAUUUUCCACCUCCACCUCCAAGUCUUGAGAUUAGUGCUGUUGAGCUUCCUCCAAAGAAGCACUCUGAGGGCCAUCAGAUGAACAACACUGAACUGAGACCGAGCGUAGCAGCCCUUCAACUACAGCUCAACUCUGCUGACAAGAAAGCCAAUGGUGUCCAUCCCAGUCAUGGAGUUAAUGGGGUGUUUAAUGGCAAUGCCAAAACUGAUAUACCUGCUCCUCAUCCAGGUGGCCUUCUUUCACCCACAAAAACACCACCACCUGUGCUUGCCAAGCCAAAACUGGACCCUUUAAGACUUCAACAGCUGCAGAACCAAAUCCGCCUGGAAAAAGAAGCAAGUCAGUGUUCUCAUCAGCAGCAAAUUGGUGUCUACCAGAGUCUGCCUUCAUCGCCAUCUUUCCCCCCUCCACCUUCAUUCCAAGAACUUGAAUCCAGCCACUCCAUUGUUCCUCCUGUGCAAAUGAGCGUUCUCAACUCUCAUUCUGCUCCCACUACUAUGCAAUCCUCCAGCUCUUUCAACUAUGCCCGUCCUAAGCAGUUCAUUGCCGCCCAGAAUAUCAGCCCUGCUUCAAGCUACAUGACUCCUUCAUCUGGAUCUUCCACCUCCAGCCUCCCAUCCCCAAUGUCUCCCACUGCUUCCCAGAAACAAUUUGGCAGAACCUCUGUCCCACCUUUCUCUCAGCCUUUUGCACCUGAAGGGGAAUACCCUUGGUCUCCUUCUUCUCCUUCACCACCACCGCCACCUCCCCCUGUUUUUAGUCCAACGUCCACCUUUUCAGUGACUGAUUCCUUUCCACUGCCACCACCUCCUCCACCUCCUCUCCCUACCUCUGUCCCAUCACCCUCCCGCAGUCUGUCUCCUACGUCUCGAUUUUCCAACUCCAGCCAAUCCCCAGCAGCCUUCCUUAGUUCGAUGCUACCAUCUCAACCUUCUCCUGUAGCUGUCAAUGCACUAGGACUUCCAAAAGGUGUCAUGCCUCCGGGAUUUCCAAAGAAAACAGGUAGAACAGCUAGGAUUGCAUCUGAUGAAGAAAUUCAGGGCACAAAAGAUGCAGUUAUCCAGGAUCUGGAAAGAAAGCUUCGCUUCAAGGAAGACCUGCUGAACAAUGGUCAACCAAAAUUAACCUAUGAAGAGAAGAUGGCUCGUCGACUGCUAGGGGCUGACAGCGCUGCAACCGUCUUCAGUAUCCAAGAGCCAGAAGAAGACGUGGCGCUCCAGGAAAUUGGCUCUUUUGAUGGUUCUGUACUGACUCCUGUGGAUGUUCAAAAGGAAUACAAAGUCUCCAGUUUUGAGCAGAGGUUGAUCAGUGAGAUUGAAUUUCGGCUGGAGCGGACUCCUGUAGAAGAAUCAGAUGAUGAGGUGGAGCAUGGAGAAGAGCCCCUGGAUAAUAGUGUGGCACCAUAUUUUGAGAUGAAGCUGAAACAUUACAAAAUAUUUGAAGGAAUGCCGGUCACAUUUACCUGCAGAGUUUCUGGAAAUCCAAAGCCAAAGAUCUAUUGGUUCAAAGAUGGGAAGCAAAUCUCUAAAUGGAGUGAACACUACAAGAUGCAGAGAGAACUUGAUGGGACCUGCUCUCUCCACACCACAGCCUCCACCCUGGAUGAUGAUGGGAAUUAUACUAUAAUGGCUGCCAACCCGCAGGGCAGGGUAAGCUGUACAGGAAGGCUGAUGGUCCAAGCUGUCAACCAGCGAGGACGCAGUCCCCGGACACCACCGAACCAGUCUCAUGUCAGAAGACCUCGAUCUCGCUCAAGGGACAGUGGAGAUGAAAAUGAACCAAUCCAAGAACGCUUCUUCCGACCUCAUUUCCUGCAGGCCCCAGGAGACUUGAUAGUUCAAGAGGGAAAACUUUGCAGAAUGGACUGCAAGGUCAGUGGCUUACCAACUCCAGAUAUAAGCUGGCAAGUCAAUGGAAGAGUAAUACGUUCUGAUAGUUCCCACAAAAUGCUGGUUCGUGAAAAUGGCGUGCACUCUUUGAUAAUCGAGCCUGUCACAGCAAGGGAUGCUGGCAUCUACACGUGCGUUGCCACCAAUCGAGCUGGUCAGAACACAUUUAGCUUGGAACUUAUUGUUGCCGCAAAGGAAGCACACAAGCCACCUGCAUUUGUAGAGAAGCUACAAAACACUGGAGUAGCUGAGGGGUAUCCUGUGCGACUGGAAUGCCGAGUUUCAGGUGUGCCAUACCCCCAGAUUUUCUGGAAGAAAGAGAAUGAGUCUCUCGUGUACAACACUGACAGAGUAAGCAUGCAUCAGGAUAACCAUGGUUACAUUUGCCUGCUUGUUCAGGGAGCUACAAAAGAAGAUGCUGGUUGGUACACAGUGUCAGCUAAGAAUGAGGCUGGGAUUGUGUCCUGCACAGCAAGGCUGGAUGUCUAUACUCAGUGGCAGCAACAAUCCCAGACAACCAAGCCAAAGAAGGUGCGUCACUCAGCUAGUCGAUACGCCGCACUUUCUGACCAAGGACUAGACAUCAAAGCAGCGUUUCAGCCAGAAGCAAACCCAGUUCAUCUGACACUGCAGUCUGGAUUGGUAGAAAGUGACGAUCUGUAAACCUUAGCUGUCGGGUCUACCAAUUUCUUUCAAAGUGAAACACUGAAAGCCAUUGUCUUGACCAAUGAUAAUUUAUGCCACUUUAUGCGAAAGGUAGACACCUUUAAGUGCAAAGGAUAAAGAACACAACACCAUGGCCACAUCUUUCUUGAUCAUUCUACCAAAUUGGAGUAGGUAGCAAUCAUGAAAUAGAUGUGUACACUCCACACACACACGCAGAUGCGCACAUAUACCACCUUCACAGACAUUUUUAUUACUGAGAUUUCUCAAAAGUGCAUACACUGCAAACCUUAUCACCAAGUGCCUUUUAUGAGUUAUAGGUGCUAUAAACACAUAAUGUUCUUUGGGCCACAACAAAACUGCAAAUGUAUCAGCAAUGUAUUCUGAUGUGCAAUACUGAAGGGAUAAAACAUGACGGGGGGUGGGUGGGGAGAAAGAUAGUUCUAAAUUAAAUUCUAGUAUCUGCAAAUGGCUUUAUGUCUCAAAUUAGAAAGAUACUACUUGCCUUAAAUGUACUUAGUAUGGGCAAGGAAGCUUCACGCCAGAUAGAUUAAUGUGACUCCAGCCAACGGAAGAACUGGUUAAGUUAGAAAUGUACUGCCAGGCUGAUUCAAUAAUAAAACAGACCUUAUGAUGGAAUUGCUUUAGUGUUACAUUUGUUAAAUGGCUAGGAUUUUUUUUUUUUAAUGCUAGACAUUUGAUUUGACCAGAGUCUUUGUGACAGAGGAGAGGAUAAUUAGGAGUAUAAGAGUAAGUGGGGGAAAGGAAUGAGUUUGCAAUAGGGGUUUAAAUGAUAAACACACACUAUAGAGAAUAAUUAGUAGAGAUGGGGAAAUGGAAUGAAAGAAUGAUGGUAAGUAAAAUGGCGUUACAUUUUAAACACUGCAUGCAUGGUGUACUAGAAAUCACACUUUUGUGUCCUUGUCUAGUGCAAGAUACAGCAACCCUGCCUCUGCCUCAAAUCUUGUAAAGGCGGCAAAAAUUGUUGAACUUCCAGACUGCAGAUUAAGUCCUUAUCUAACUGGACUACUGCAUUAAAUAAUUUCGAUUCAUAAACAAUUAAAUUUAGUUGGAAGGGAAUAGAAGAACUCUUUAAAUUAGGUCUGGUGUGGGGAGGGGAGGUUAUGAUGGUACAAGAGUACUUUACUAUAAAAGGAAAACACUGUAUUCCUUUAUAUGAAGCACGGUUAUAGUCCUUUUAUUUAAAAUAAAAAUGUUGAAAUCUUUAUCUCAGCUCAGUUAUUCAAGCGCAGUACCUUUUUUUUUAAAAAAAGUUUUGUAUUAUGUACAUCAUCAUAUAUUUUGCAUUACUGCUAUACAUUUAUUGCUUUGCACCUUGUUGUUUAAGUACACAAACCAGGUUUUUAGCAGCUAACAAGUUAACACAGAAGGUAGUUCUUCUAUACAAACUGAUGCAAGUGGUUAUGACUGCACUUACAGGCAUUUCUUCAAUGUUUGUUCUGUCAUAUACUGUCUGUCAUAUGAACUGUUCUGCUGUCACCUCCUAACCAAGCUCAUCAUACCAUCCGCUUAACAAAUUUCUUCUCAGAUGUGCCUUGCUAAUGUACUAUUUGUUUAGCUUCACUAGUGGCCUUUUGCUUCGUUUUAUUUGUAUUUAUAUAAAAUAUACAAUCAUUAUUACUUUGGAUUGUUGUGCUGAUAUCAUGUGGGUUUAACAUCAAUAAAUACUACACAAACAAA